GAUUGGCAACUGUCCCUCACCCAACCCCAGUCCAUUUGACCUCCAACCUGCUGUCACCCAAGUUCCUCUCUGGUUCACACUCCCUAGAUUCACAGUCUGAAUUCACAGAUUGACCCCAGUGCUGGCUCUUCAUAGAUUUCUCUUUGCUCCAGAUUCUCAUCCAGGCGUUUGGACUCAGGCCCUCCUCUCUGUUUUCUUACUUGCUUUUUUACUUCAGCUUCAUCAUCACCUAUUUUACAUCCCAGUCUUGGAAUCUCACCUCUUCUUUGGCCCCAGGACCAUCGGGAUGAGGGAUAUUGAAACAUUCAAUUGUGUCUAUGUUACUGUCGUUGACUUGGACUUCACAAUUUGGACUACAAGCGUCAGUGGGUAGCUGACUGGGGUGUGGCCAAAUAUCUUGCUUAGAGAAUCAAGUUGCUGCUCUCCCACCCCAUGCCUGUGACAGACAUCACUCAUUGAUUGUGGCGUUGGUCCUACUGAUUCUAGCUGUGACCUCAUCAGUCUUCUCAAGGCACCACUCUAGACAGCCACUACCAGUCGAUGGCCUUUGCCAGGUGGGAUGAAAAUUAUUUGCUUCUUGAUAUAGGUCUCCUGUUGUUUCUUCAGCAAAGAUAUGUUAUGUAAAACAUGGGGGAUGUGAAUCAAUCAGUGGCGUCUGACUUCAUUCUUGUGAGUCUCUUCAGUCGCUCAGGGUCACAUCAGCUUUUCUUCUCCCUGGUGGCUGCCAUGUUUAUCAUGGGCCUUCUGGGCAACACCCUUCUGCUAUUUCUGAUCCACAUGGACUCCAGGCUCCACACACCCAUGUACUUGCUGCUCAGUCAACUCUCUCUGUUUGAUAUUGGCUUCCCCUUGGUCACUAUCCCCAAGAUGGCAUCAGACUUCUUGCAAGGAGAAGGUUCCAUCUCCUUUGGGGGUUGUGCAGCUCAAAUAUUCUUCCUGAUGCUGAUGGGUGUGGCUGAGGGCAUCCUGUUGGCCCUCAUGUCCUAUGACCGUUAUGUUGCUGUCUGCCACCCCCUGCAGUAUCCUCUGCUCAUGAGGCGCCAGGUGUGCCUGCUCAUGGUGGGCUUCUCCUGGUUGGCAGGUGUGCUCAAUGCCUCCAUCCAGACCUCCAUCACUCUGCACUUCCCCUACUGUGCCUCCCGCAUCGUGGACCACUUCUUCUGUGAGGUGCCAGCCCUGCUGAAGCUCUCCUGUGCAGACACCUCUGCCUAUGAGUUGGCACUGUCCACCUGGGGGGUGCUGAUCCUUGUGCUUCCCCUUUCCCUCAUUGCCACUUCCUACGGCCAUGUGUUGGGGAGCGUUCUACGCAUGCGCCCAGAGGAGGCCCGAAGCAAGGCCUUGACCACCUGCUCCUCGCACAUCACAGUAGUGGGACUCUUUUAUGGAGCGGCCGUGUUCAUGUACAUGGUACCAGGUGCCUACCACAGCCCACACCAGGACAACAUGGUCUCCCUCUUCUACAGCCUUGUCACCCCCACACUCAACCCCGUCAUCUACAGUCUGAGGAACCGGGAGGUGCGUAUGGCUUUGGUCAAAGUGCUCAGCAGAGCUGGAUUCAGGCCAGAGUGAUGACCAUGCAGGGGGCUACUGGCUCAUCCCAGUGGUCCUCCAUCACACCAUCUCCCCAAAGCACUAAUUUGUGGUGUAGCUGCUAAGGCCUAUGUUGAAGACAAGUGUCUUUCCACCUUCUUCGCAUCCCAUGAUGAGCUGGGCUCAUGUUUUCUCCCAUGGACUUGUGUAAAUCAACCGUAGCAGUCCCAAUCACUCUUGUUAUAUUCCUUAGUACUAUUUACACAAAUUGAAGAGCCUACUUUGUAAAGUUGAGAUCUCCUUGUUAUUGAAUUCAUAGUUAUAGUAGUAAUAAUUAACAUUUGUUGACGAAUUUGUAUGCUAAAUGAGUGUUACUUUGUCCUCAAGACAAUUUUCAGGUGUAGGGACUAUCAUGUUUUAUAUGUAAGAAAAAAAAAAAGACUCAAAAAGGGAAGACAACCCAACAAUGGUCGUACUUCCGGAAAGAGGUAGAGCUGGGACUUGAAUCCAUGAUCAUUUGAUGCCAAAGACA